AUGGGCGAAGAAUCAAAUAAAGAGAAGCCAAUCUACGAGAUCCACUUGGACAAGCUGAUCGACUCGCUGCGGCUGAAUAUCGAGACGCCCGGCGUACGCAUGGAAUUAAACGAACUGGACUGUAUCGCGCUGUGCUGUCUCGUGAAGCCGAUCUUCGAGAGCGAGAACAUGCUGCUCGAGCUGGCCGCCCCGAUCAAAGUGUGCGGUGACAUCCACGGCCAGUUCUACGACCUGCUGCGUCUCUUUCUGCUCUGCGAGUAUCCGCCCAAGACGCGCUACCUCUUCCUCGGCGACUACGUCGACAGGGGGCCGCAGUCCGUGGAGGUGUUGUGUCUCCUCUUCGCCCUCAAAAUCAAGUACCCCAGAGGCUUUUUUAUGCUGCGUGGCAACCACGAGAGCGAUAUCGUCAAUCGUAUCUACGGUUUCCGCGACGAGAUCCGCGAGCGCUAUGGAAAAUCGAAGCUCCGCAAGCAUUUCUCCAACGUCUUCAGUGUCAUGCCGGUGGCCGCGAUCAUCGAGAACAGCAUCUUCUGUUGCCAUGGCGGUCUGUCUCCGGAGCUGUUGCAGGACAACGUGACCGGCCUGCAGGAGAUGAUAAACCCCAUUCCUCGACCUGUCGAUGUGCCCCGCCAGGGCCUGCUCUGCGAUCUUCUCUGGGCGGAUCCGGCCGAUUACGCGCCCAACGGCGAGAUGCAGCUCGGCUGGACGCCGAGUCCUCGCGGCUGUUCCUGGUGCUUCGGACACGAUGUCAUCGACAAGUUUCUCGACAAAUUCGGCCUUGAUCUGAUCGUGCGAGCGCAUCAGGUCGUCGAGGACGGCUACGAGUUCUAUCACAAUCGCAAGUUGAUCACCGUCUUCUCGGCGCCCAACUACUGCAAUCAAUUCGACAACGCCGGAGGCGUGUUCGUCAUCAAAAAAGAGGAGGAGUCGUCCUCCGUGUUGGAGGGCGGCUUCCAGAUCAUUCGACCCGAGAAGAAGUUCAACGCGAUGACGCUCAAUCGUAGAAGGAGUUCAGAACUGCUCGAGGAGUAA